AUCUGGGACACAAGUGAAACAAUUUUAUUCUUAUCUUCCAGCAUUCUUGGAAAUGUUUCUAAUGUAAAAAAUGUAUAUAUGGAAAAAAUAAAAAUGAAAUUAGAAAUAAUUUAAAAUGAAAAUAUCCGAAAAGAUUUUAGCCGCCUAUCCUGUGGUCACUUUGUAUUUGUUUUUGAACCUAGGAAGUAAUUUUGUCUGGCCUUAUGUAGUCCUACAAGGAUUAAGCUUGGGUUUAAAUAUAUCAGAGAUCAUGAUUAUAACAGGGAUCAUUCCCUUACUUAGCUUCCCAGCAAACCCUCUUAUAGGGUAUCUAGGGGAUAAGGUUGGUUACAAGCUGGUGUUUAUGGUGCUACUAGCUGCUUGUGCUGGAGUAGGAGUCUCAACUGUAUAUAUUCCUAAAUAUCAUGAAACAGCAAGAUUUAAGAUUGGUAUUUCCAGCCCUACUCCAACCCCUGAUACACUGAUUGUGUUUUCAGAGUAUUUAUCUGAAUCUGAACCCUGCAGAUCCUACCUUAACUUUACAGUAGAACAGAUCCAGUGUGAAAACAGAACAUUUGAGACAAACUUUGAUAUUACUAUUGAUACAUUUGAAAAUGUUACAAGAGAGUCCUGCGAUGUUGUUGAUGAUGACUUGUGUGUUUAUCAAGUGAAUUCUCAAGAUGAUCUGAUCUAUUGUGAUGUUUUUAUAAAAGAUGAGACAAACAUUCACAAAUCUGGAAAUAAAUCAGUGACAUGGAUUUUGUAUAUCCUGCUAAGGAUACUAUUAUCCUACUCCCUCAGCCCAGCCUGGAAUUUUGUAGAUGUUAUUGCGGCUGGGGUAGCGUCUGAAAUUCAUGUAGAUUGGGCAGUUAUCAGUUUCUUUGGUAGUAUCUCAGCAGCAUUAUCUCCACUUGUCGUUGGGUUUUUGAUGGACACUGUUGAAAUUGGUGAACCCAUGUUUGAUUGUGUCAGAAAAAUUGAACUAGAUAUAACGGAUUACAAGUUUCCAUAUUUGUGUUUUUCUGGAAUCAUGGUAGCCACCAUAAUAGUCAGUGCAUUCCUGCUAACUGGAGACCAUAGAAGGAAGGAGAAGAGGACUCAAGGAAAGAAAGGGAAGGAAGAGAAUGAGAAGGAGGGGAAGAGACCCGAAGAAACAAUGGUGGAGGAAAUGGAAAAGAAUGAGAUGAAGAACAAGAAAGGAACUUGGAAGGAAGACAUCACAUGGUUACUCACUCCUGGAGCUGUAGGACUUUACUCUUUAAUAAUCAUGAUUGGAAUAAUUCAUGGAGCUUUGGGAGGAUUUUUUUCUGUAUAUGUUGUUCAGGAUCUCAAUGUGUCAGAUGCUUGGUUUGGAGUUGUUGUUUCAAUUGAAGCCGUUUCAAACACAGUGUUUGUUCUUUUGGGUGGAAUUCUACAUAAACAUGUAGGAAGCAUGAAUAUUGUGAUACUGGCAUUAUUCUUCCAAUCCAUUCGAAUUAUGGAACUAGGGUUUAAUAGGGUGUAUAAAGAUGAUGAAUCUAAUGUUAUGGGAUCAGAAACCCCUCUUGCAAUCAUCAUUUUUUCUAUUUUGGAAUGUCCUUCUUUUCAGUGGGUUGGUGUGGUUGGAUAUGUACAGAUGAUAGCUCCAAAAAACCUGACUGGAAUGGGUCUGGGACUAGCUGCAUCAUGCAUGUUCAUCAUAGGAAAAGGCUUAGGAAGUUUCCUGUCUGCCCAGCUCAACACUAUGGUGGGUACAAGAAUGAUGCUCAAGAUAUUUGGAUUUAUUGGCUUUGGUUUUGCAAUACCCUACACAGUCAUUUAUCACCUGUACAUAAAGAAAACAGAAAACAGAAAAGAGAACUCAAAGAGAUUGGAAGGAGUUGAAAAUAAAGCAAUGAAUACAAAACUAUAAUCUGACUUCAAAUAAAUAUCAAUUAAAUGUAAAUUUCUAAACAUUUAUGUAACAUU